AGCAGGCGGAGUCAUAGCGUGCCUGUCCCGCCCCGCUGGGUGCGUUGCGGCUGUGCGUGGUGGCCUGCUGGCCUGCUAGCUAGAAUGUGAUUUCAUAUUGGACAAGUGAAGGACCAUGAUGUCUGCUGGAGACCAGGAGCCAGGUCACUACUACGUGGGCAUUGAUGUCGGAACAGGUAGCGUCCGUGCAGCUCUGGUGGACCAGCAAGGGAUCCUGCUGGCUUUCGCAGAAGAGCCGAUUAAGCAGUGGGAGCCCCAGGUCAACCACCAUGAGCAAUCCUCCGAGGACAUCUGGGCAGCAUGUUGCCUUGUUACCAAGAAAAUUGUGCAAGGGGUUGAUGUACAACGAAUCCGAGGACUUGGGUUUGAUGCCACGUGCUCUUUGGUCGUCUUGGAUAAACAGUUCCAUCCUUUACCAGUAAACCACGAAGGGGAUUCCAAGCGAAACGUUAUUAUGUGGCUGGACCAUCGAGCGGUCAGCCAGGUUCACAGGAUCAAUAAGACCAAGCAUGGUGUCCUUCGGUACGUGGGUGGCGUGAUGUCUGUGGAGAUGCAGGCCCCAAAGCUCCUCUGGCUGAAGGAGAACUUGAGAGAGACUUGCUGGGACAAGGCGGGACAUUUCUUUGAUCUCCCAGACUUCUUAUCAUGGAAGGCAACAGGUGUCACAGCACGGUCUCUCUGCUCCUUGGUCUGCAAAUGGACGUACUCAGCAGAGAAAGGUUGGGAUGACAGCUUCUGGAAGACGGUUGGUUUGGAAGAUCUCAUUGAUGAUAAUUACAGCAAAAUAGGAAAUCUCGUGCUGCCUCCUGGAACUUGUCUUGGAAGUGGGCUCACACCAGAGGCAGCCAAAGAGCUGGGUCUUCCCUCGGGGAUUGCUGUGGCCGCCUCACUCAUCGACGCCCACGCAGGAGGACUAGGAGUGAUUGGAGCAGAUCUGAGAGGUCAUGGCCUCAUCUGUGAAGGACAGCCAGUGACGUCACGGCUGGCUGUCAUCUGCGGAACAUCAUCUUGUCACAUGGGGAUCAGCAAAGAUCCAAUUUUUGUACCGGGUGUGUGGGGACCGUAUUUCUCAGCCAUGGUCCCUGGCUUCUGGCUGAAUGAAGGUGGUCAGAGUGUGACAGGAAAACUGAUAGACCAUAUAGUGCAGGGCCAUGCUGCCUUUCCUGAACUACAAGCCAAGGCCACAGCCAGAUGCCAGAGCAUAUAUGCAUAUUUGAACAGUCACCUGGAUCUGAUUAAGAAGGCCCAGCCUGUGGGUUUCCUCACUGUUGAUUUACAUGUUUGGCCAGAUUUCCAUGGCAACCGAUCUCCCUUAGCCGAUCUGACUCUAAAGGGCAUGGUCACUGGGUUGACACUGUCUCAGGACCUUGAUGAUCUCGCCAUCCGCUACCUGGCCACUGUUCAAGCCAUCGCUUUUGGGACUCGUUUCAUCAUUGAGGCCAUGCAGGCAGCAGGACACUCUCUCAGUACCCUCUUCUUAUGUGGAGGCCUAAGCAAGAAUCCCCUUUUUGUGCAGAUGCAUGCUGACAUUACUGGCAUGCCUGUGGUCCUGUCACAAGAGGUGGAGUCUGUCCUUGUGGGUGCUGCUAUUCUGGGUGCCUGUGCCUCUGGGGACUUCACAUCUGUGCAGGAGGCAAUGGCAAGAAUGAGCAAAGUGGGAAAAGUUGUGUUCCCGAGACAUGAGGAUAAAAAAUAUUAUGACAAGAAAUAUCAAGUAUUUCUCAAGAUGGUUGAGCACCAGAAGGAAUAUUCAGCAAUCAUGAAUGGAAACUGAGCAGCAUUUGUGAGUGAAGACUCUGGGCCAUUUGUUAGGCAUUCCUGUGUUUUCAUCUUAUGGCCGGUGCCCUGUAGGUACCAUUUUGGCAUGCCUGUCUUAUCUUUUAAUAAAAACUUGGACAUGCA